AUGUGUGUUUGUCUAAUCAUCGUGAUUCUUAUCUUUAUAAAAGGUAAAGAUGUUUAUGAAAAAUAUCGAAAUUUACGUACAACAUUUUUUCGUGAACAUAAACGUGUUACAAGUUCAUCAUCGACAAACACCAAUAAUAGUACUGAUGAUCAAGGUGUUGAUGAUAAUGGAAAUUCAACAUCGAACGGAAAUACGCAUUCACAUCAACAACCAUAUGUAUCACGUUGGAGACAUUAUACAAAUAUGCUCUUUUUAGCCAAUAAUAGCAAUAAUAAUAAUGUUCAUCCUAAUCAUCAUAUUUUAUCUAAUGGUGAAAUAAGUAGUAGUGGAGGUGGUGGUGGUGGUGAUCAAUCACAAACUAAUCCUACUACUACCACCACUAUCGGAAAUAGAUCAUCAAUUAUUGGAAAUAGUCGUACUGCUGUAUUAAUUAAUAAUAAUGAUGAUACAACAUCCAUACAAAAUGGUCAUGAUUUAGAAUAUGUUGAUACAAUUCGGGCUGUUCAUAGUGUUGUUGGAAUAAUUGGUACAUCCGCCAUUGCUCAACGUAUUCCUUGUACAGCAGCAACAGCUUUACAAACAACAUUUCAUCCAACAGCAUUUUCAGUGAUACAGGCUCCAUCGGCAACAUCAUCCACUAUUGGUCAAAUAAAUGGUGGUGUUAAUCUAUCGAAUCGAUUAACAAGUGGCGGUGGUAAUGGUCAAUCAACAUCAUCAUCAUCAACUACAACAGCAAUAACGACAACAACAACAUCAUCAUCAACAUCACAACAUCAGGCAAUAUUUUUUAAGAAUCCUGUUAUUGAAUUACAAUCAUUAUCACCUGCAUUAUUGACUGCUGCAAAUUCUCAAACGACGAUUAAUAGUGGUGUUGGUGGAGGUAGUAGUGUUGCCGUUCCGGUUACAGCUGUAAAAACACCUGGAACGCCUACAUUUGUAUUGACAACAUUGGCAAACGCUGUUCCAACAUUACAUUCACAUCAUAUCAAUACUAGUGUUGGUAGUCAUCGUAUCCGUCAAUCAUCAUUAUCAGGUUCAAUAAGUCCAAUACAAUCACAACAUCAACAACAACAAUUGCAACAAAUAAAUUCAACUAUUCGAUUAUCAUCAUCAUCAUCAUCGAAUUCAAAAUUAAAUUCCAGUCAUCAAGAUCAACAACAAGCAUCAUUUAUAUUUACAAAUGGUGGUGACGGUGAUAAUCAUAAUACAUCGAUUGGAAAUAAUGUUACAAAUUCAUUAAAUUUAUCAUCAUCAACAACAACAAAUAGCAGUAGUAAUAGUAGUGGUAUCUAUUCAUUAACAUCAACCAAAUCGAAUAUUAUUUGUAAUAAUGAUGAAUUACAUAAUGUAAUCCGUAAAAUUGUAAGUGAAACAAUAAUUCAAUAUGAAGAUGAAGAUAUGGCAUUUUGUCGUAGUCUUGCCUCAUCAUUACGACGAUUGGAACAAUCGAAAAAAGAUGUUAUAAAAUAUGAAUUACAAAAAGUUAUUGUAGAAUCAACUAAUUCAGAAUAUUUUCAACAACAGCAGCAGCAACAACAAUCAACGGAAAUGAUUUCCAUUACAACAACAACUACAUCGACUACAGGAUCAUCAUCAUCAUCACCAACGACAUCAUUGACAACAACAGCAAAAGAUUCAUCAAUCAUAUCGAUCAAUCCAAAUCAACAACAACAAUCAAAUAAAAUAGUAACAACAAAUUCAUCCGCAUCGAAUACAGUCAGUACAAUUAUGACUGCCGGUUCGAUAUCGAUUAAUAAUAAUCAAAUUCAACAAACAACUCAAAUUAUUGAUAAUGAAAAUUCAAAUAAUAAUGAACAAAUUAAAUCACCACCAUCAUCGCCAAUAAUAAGAAAUAAUAAACGUGAUUUUGAUGAUGAUCAUCCAGAUCAAUCAAUAAGAAUUGAAAAUAAAAAUGAUGCUAAUGGAAAGACUACUGUUGCUGCUUCUGCUAAUGAUGACGAUCAAAAAAAUCAGGAAAAUAAAUAUAAGAAAAGAAAAUUGAGUGAUAAAAUUGAAAUCGAAUGAUUCAUACACACACACACACACACAUUCUCUUACCAUUAUCUAGAAUCGUAUUUUUGGGCACGAUUGUAAAAUAAUAUAAAAUUCAAUGUGAUUCUUUGGUUUGUUUCUUCAGAUUUUUUAUCGACACACACACAUCCAGCAUUUUUUUUAUAAAGGAAAAUAAUUUGAAUUUUA